AUGUCUUCUAAAAGUGAGAAAGAUCGUGCGAAACAGAUCCAGGAUCGAUGCCAGAAUAUAUUGAUGCAAAUGUUAAAAGAUGAGGAUAAUAAAUACUGUGUUGACUGUGACGCUAAGGGACCACGCUGGGCUUCAUGGAACUUAGGUAUUUUCCUGUGCAUCCGUUGUGCGGGUAUUCACAGGAACCUUGGUGUUCACAUCUCAAAGGUGAAGAGUGUCAAUUUGGACUCAUGGACACCUGAACAAGUGGUAUCUCUUCAGCAAAUGGGCAACUCGCGCGCACGUGCCGUCUACGAAGCAAACCUGCCAGAUUCCUUCAGACGGCCACAGACUGAUACUGCAUUGGAGGCUUUCAUACGCGCCAAGUACGAGACGAAGAAGUACAUAGCUAAGGAAUGGGUUCCACCACAGCUGCCUAAAGUCAAUUGGGAUAAAGAGAUUGAUGAGGAAAUAGAACGGCAAAAGAGAAAAAAGAAAGCAGGUACUUCUACACUGGGACCAUUACCAGCUCCAAGUACUGACAAAAAAUAUAAUAAAUCGGAUGUGAUACCAAGUAUACCUAAACCAAAAUCAUCAGUUAGUCCCAAAUUAGGCAGAAGUACUCCUGUCGCAGUCGAGGCCAAGCCGACAAAUGGCUCCGCAGAUUUACUUGGUUUAGAUACAACGAUUACCACAAGCAAACCAGAACAAAAGGCUAGCGAUGACAUUUUCUCUAGUUUCUUUUCUGCUCCAGAAACCCCUGCUCAGAUACCACAAGAACAAAAGCCAGACUUAAAAACUGAAGAGGAGAACUUCUUCAAACAACCAGCUCCAACAGAGAAGGAAAAAUCAAAACUUACUAAGGAUAGCAUAUUAGCACUGUACAGUCAAACACCAAUGACACAAUUCAACCCUGUACAACCGCCACAAAUUGCACAACCCAUGCACCAACAGGGACAGCAGACUCAAUACCCAUUCUAUCAACAACAACCAUUUAACAACAUGAUGAACGGAAUGCAAAUGAACCAGUUUCAACAAGUUAAUCAAUUUCAACAGUUCCAACAGCCUCAACAACAUCCACAGCAGCAACAACAACAGUUCCCAGCACCAAAUCAAUCGAUGAACUUUUUCAAUCAACCGCAACAAUUAUCACAACAAUUUGGCAACCUCAAUCUUGGUCAGGGAUUUCCCAAUGCGUUUCCGCCUAAUCCCAAUGUUGCCAGUAAUUCGACGUGGCAAUAG